AGGGUCAGCGCGGCGGCCGCAGGUGGAGGUGGACAGACUGACCGGGGCAGCCUCCCGGUUGUCGGCGCGGGGUCCGGCGGCUGCAGGGGCGGCGAUGGGGCCGGAGUGGGACGCGCUGCGGGCGCUGGGGGCGGCGGCCGCCCUGUGCCUGCUGCUGCGGGCGGCGUGGGGCGCGGGCUGCGCGGUCUACGUGCACCUGCUGCCCCCGGUGCGCCGCGGGGCGCCCUGGCUCCGGGCGCACGGAGCCUGGGCAGUGGUGACCGGAGCCACCGGGGGCAUCGGCCGCGCCUACGCGCACGAGGUGAGGCUGGGCUGGGAGUUUGGGGGGGAGGCGGGGAGGGGGUGCUCCCGCUGUGGGUUUACCUGUGGCCAGGGGCUCCUCCUGGACUGAGAACUGUGUGAGUGACCUGGCUCCCUCUGACGCUCUCUCCUUCCCGAAGCCUCCCCUCUCCUCCCCGCCUGGCUCAGGGGUUCACACUGGAUGUCUGCAGGCUAUAGGCACCCCCCACCAUCGCCCGGGUUCAUUCACUCCUUCAAAACAUAUUCAUUGUCCUGGCUCGUGUGGCUCAGUGGAUAGAGCAUGGGACUGCGGAC